GCCGGCAGCAACAGUAGAUUGGCAGUCAUUACUGCGACAGCGAGGUGUUUGGUGAUUUUGUUUGUCGUUACUCGGCUUCCAAUUGCGUCGUCGCGGAACGAUCCAUAGUUGUGAAUGUCGGUAUUGCACUACAGAGGUUGAACUAUAGUCAGCGGGGGUAUUCCCGCUAUUCGCUUUUACGACGGGGAUCCUUGCCUAGUGAAUCAUCAAUGUGUUGAUUGGUUGCAGUGUUAUGUGCGUUGAAUAUUUCUGAGGAAUUGUGAACAGUGGUGAACGUUUUAUUUGUUUUAAAAUACACCGUCUGUGUCUAGUCUACCAGUGAGUGCCACCAUGUAAACUGCAGACAAAUUGAACAAGCUGAAAGGUGAAUUUGCAAAUCAACAAACCCAAUCCAACAGAACCGGAAAGUGAGAACAGAAACCAUCACCAGUGAAAUGUAUAUCAGCUGAUAGAUAAUAGGAGAAGUACUGAAACUGAGCUUUAAUAACAAUAAUUUAGUUAAACAUAAACACGAACAUAAUGAGUGGGAUCAAAAAUGAGGCAUUCGAUCACGACACGCCUGACAGCAAGCUAUCACAUCGUAAAAGAAGCUCGGUCGUAAACCCCGAGAAUGGUGACAGUUUCACCCUGCAUCAGUUACCGCACCACACCGUCAUUAACACCUCAACACCGGUGCAGCACAAUGGCAAAUCCGGACGGACCGUUUUCGAUCAGCUUGCCGAUUGGCGGAAACAGCACCAGGCGCACAUCCGGAUAGCGUGGACCGUGGCAGCGCAUGUGGUGGUUAUUGUGUUUUUUGGAUUUGCCACCAAUCACUACUUGGAGAAAGAUGAGACUUGCACCACCAAAUGUGGCAUGCAGUGGUGCAACGGGUAUGGAAUGCUGGUUCUUCUAUUGGGCUUCGUCUACUUUGGCCUAGUGUACUACCAGAUUUUGAAACCGCUUCUCCGGAAGCCUUUCAAACAGUUCAUUGUUGAACCCGUUGAAAGCUUCCUACGGGACGUCUUCGGAAGUCUAUACGCCAAGCUGGCCGCAAUCGGAGUGAUACUGAUCGCCUUCGCUUUGUUCUGCUACUUCGAAACGAAGGACGAACCGGAACGACUAAUGUCUCUCAUUGGCAUGGUCGCGCUAUUCUGUUUGGCAUUCGUCUUCUCCAAGCAUCCAACGAAGAUCAACUACCGCCCGGUGUUGCUCGGUGUGAUGUUUCAGUUUCUCCUGGGACUGUUCUGCAUUCGGUGGGAAGUUGGCCGAAGCAUAUUCAGCUGCAUCGGUGAUAAGGUUGCCACGUUCCUGAACUACUCGGCUGACGGUGCCGCCUUCGUCUAUGGUGAAUUCAUCGUUCGCAACGAGGCUGUGUUUGCCUUCGCGGUCCUAUCUGUGAUAUACUUCUUUAGCUUCUGCAUCUCGAUCCUGUACUACAUGGGAACGAUGCAGUGGGUUGUCCUGAAGCUAGGAUGGAUUCUGCAGUCGAUUUUGGGAACGACUGUUUGCGAGAGUGUCAUCGCUGCUGCGAACAUCUUCCUCGGUAUGAGCGAAUCGCCGCUGUUGAUCCGGCCGUAUAUCAAGGAUUUGACCCAUUCGGAAGUGCACUCGGUCAUGUCGUCCGGGUUUGCGACCGUUUCGGGCACGGUGCUGGCAGCUUACAUCUCGUUCGGAGCUCAGCCGGCUCAUCUGAUCACGGCCAGUGUAAUGGCUGCACCUGCUGCGCUCUGCUUCGCCAAGUUGAUCUAUCCGGAAACGGAGGAAAGCAAAACCCGAUCGGAUAAUAUUCAGAUGGAGAAGUCACCGGACUCCUCAGUCCUGGAUGCCGCCUCGAACGGAGCCAACACUGCCACGGCCCUAGUUCUGGGAAUUAUUGCCAAUUUGAUCGCGUUUGUUUCGUUUAUCGCCUUCCUCAACGGCGUUCUCGGAUGGCUGGGUGAGCUCGUUGGCUUCGAGGACAUUUCGCUGGAGAACAUCUUCGGUACCAUCUUCCGACCGCUGGCGUUCGCAAUGGGCGUCCCAUGGGACGAAAGCUACUACGUUGGUAAGCUGAUUGGUACCAAGACUAUCGUUAAUGAAUUCGUAGCCUACCAACGGCUGGGUGAGUUCAUCGAGGCGAAAGCCCUCUCGGCACGAUCGUCAGCCAUUGCAACGUAUGCCAUCUGCGGAUUCGCCAAUCCCAGCUCGUUGGGCAUCAUGAUUGGAACGCUCAGCGCUAUGGUACCCGAAAAGCGGUCGGUCAUCACAGCCGUCGCCUUCCGGGCCUUUAUCACCGGAUCGAUCGUUUGCUUCAUGACUGCCAGUAUAGGAGGGCUACUCAUGGAUGCUAAAAUUUUCAACAACUUCGGAUAAGUGCACUCCAUGGGUUCAACGACGAAAAAUAAUCUAUUUUAUACUUAGAAACAGUCUGUACUCAAGAGGCCCGAUGAAGUGUGAUAUAUGUACUUAACGGUUGCUACUUAAUGGAAGUAAAACUCUGGAGCAAGUCACUCUGGUCAUAGGCAUUUCGAUUUAUUUAGCUCCGUUUAGAGUAUAGUUAUUCAACAAGCGGCCUGCAGUUCCAAACUACACUUUUAAUCAAUGUCAGUAAUUACCUACAUGUAUAAGAUGGCUUAAGCGAUAGUGAUUAUGUUGUAGUUACAGUAUUGUACAUUUAGGCGAUUUUUUAAAUGCGAUAAGUAUAAUGAAAAAGGAUGCUUUAAUUGUGAGGUUCUUUGUUUUUAUAGACCACUAAGAUGUCGGCACAGUGUGCCGGUUAUGGAUGUUAAUAUGAUGGAUGAACGUAUGAAAUGCUGUAAAUUGAAUAAAGAACUCAACAACCUAAUCAAGGGUAUAAGG